CUUUCAAAAAAGCCCAAAAAUCAACAAAAGCGUCACAUUUCUUAUUUUAUCAUCUACCGACGAAAUUUCAACCAGAUAGUCCCCUAUUGAAAAAUUAACAAAUCUAAUGUAAUAAACUUCACUCCCUCAAAUUUCCUUGACUUCCCAUCCGAUCCCGUAAAAGGAAUAAAAAGGAAAGCAGAUCCGUGGAAAGGAAAGAAAAAGGGGAAGGCGUUUUUAAAACGGUGAUGUGUGUUUUUGAUCUGGAGCUGAAAUGAAAUGCAGCAGCCGAAUCUGUUCCCGUUCGGAAGCCUUUUGGGGAAUCCGUUUUUAUUGAAUGGCGGCGUUGGCGAUUUAAGCGACGGUGGAUUUGAGAGCUCUAGGGUUUUCUUCUUGGUUCCUUUUUUGCUAUCCCAAGGAGGUGGAAUGGAUUUGUCCAAGGUUGGGGAAAAACUCCUCAGCUCCGUGCGUUCCGCGCGAUCACUUGGUCUCUUGCCUUCUGCUCCUUCUUCUGAUCGGCCUGAUGUUCCAGCUCGAGCUGCAGCAGCUGCUGCUGUUGCUCGUGCUCUUUCAGGAUUGCCAGCUGAUCAGAGAUAUAAUCUUCCAUCGAGUUCUGAAGAAUUGAUGUCAAUAUAUGGAAGCAAACCUCAGAGUCAAAUAGUAGAAGAAGUAGAGGAAGAAUUCUACGAGGAGAUGUUUGAUCCAAUAAAACACGUCCUGGAGCAUAUCCCUUCUGAAGAAAAUGAACUAGAAUAUUUUGAGAGACAGGCCACACUUAGAUUAGCUCAACUGGAUAGAGUAGCAGAACAUUUAUCCCGCAAUGUCAUGGAGCAUCAUGAAGUAAUGGUGAAGGGUAUGCAUUUGGUCAGUGAAUUGGAGAAAGACUUAAAGAUUGCAAAUGUCAUCUGUAGGAAUGGCAGAAGGCAUCUAAACUCAUCAAUGAACGAGGUUUCAAGGGACCUUGUUGUAAAUACUGAUUCCAAGAAAAAACAGGCUCUUAUGCACUUGCUUCCAGUACUUGCUGAGCUUCUUCAUGCACGGGAUAUGCAAGUAGCUCUUGAGUCUCUUGUUGAGGAAGGUAAUUUCUGCAAGGCAUUUCAAGUACUAUCUGAGUAUUUACAACUACUAGACAGUUUAUCGGAGCUCUCAGCAAUACAAGAGAUGAGCCAUGGGGUUGAGGUUUGGCUCGGAAGGACUCUUCAAAAGCUGGAUUCUCUCUUGUUAGGAGUUUGUCAGGAGUUUAAAGAAGAAGGCUAUUUAACCGUGGUUGACGCUUAUUCUUUAAUAGGAGAUGUCUCUGGCCUUUCUGAAAAGAUACAAAGUUUUUUCAUGCAAGAAGUUAUCUCAGAAACUCAUGCUGUGUUGAAGAGUAUUGUUCUGCAUGAGGACCAAGAUGUACAUAUGCAAAAUAGCAGACUUACCUACAGUGAUCUAUGCCUUCAGAUACCUGAAUCUAAGUUUAGACAGUGUUUCUUAAGAACACUGGCUGUCCUGUUCAAACUAAUGUGCUCUUAUCAUGAAAUCAUGGCCUUUCAGCCGGAGAAUAAGGUUUUAGAGUGCCCAAUAACAAAUGCCAAUUUGAUGGAAGAGUCUGUAGACCAGAGACCAGGUUCAUCUUCCAUGAAGGAGUCUACAACAGCCACGUCCAUGUCUGAUACAUCUGAAAGGAAAGAUUCUGGGGCUGGUGGACUGGUUUCUGAGGGUAGAAAUGAAGAUGGUGCUACGUCAAGCAGUGUAUCUCCGUGGUAUCAAUUAAGGAAAGAAGCCAUAACUUUUGUGUCACAAAACCUGCAGAGGGGACGUAAGAAUCUUUGGCAACUUAUGACUAGCCGAGUAUCAGUAUUGCUGUCUGCUUCAGCUGCUGCUUCUACAAGCAUUCAUCAACUUUUAAAAAAUUAUGAAGAUCUUAACACUUUCAUCUUGGCUGGGGAAGCCUUCUGUGGAGCAGAGGCUUUUGAAUUCAGGCAGAAACUGAAGGGUGUUUGCGGAAAUUAUUUUGAUGCAUUUCAUAGGCAAAAUGUAUCUGCGCUUAAAAUGGUUUUGGAGAGGGAAACCUGGCUUAGUUUGCCACCAGAGACUGCCGAAAUAAUUAGCUUUGCUGGGCUGGUCGGUGACGGAGCACCCUUAAUGGCUGCAUCUGGUGGAAGGUCUUCUAAUUCUAGGGUCCUUCACAUUGACAAAUCAGCCAACAAAGUUGACACAGAUGUUAAGAAGAGUGUGUUUUCUCCUUGGCUUAGAAAUGGCAACCCAUUUUUGCUAAAAGUAAGCUGCAGUUACAAAGAGACUCACAAUUCCUCCCCACUUAAUGGAGCAACCUCUGUGGUAUUUGAUGGAAAUGCUGAUAAUAUUCAUGGUGAUGUCUCUCCACACAAUGACGAUGAGAAUAAUAUCAAUGGCUCCAAUUCCAUCUCUGAAGAGGAAAAUGAGGAUUUACUUGCUGACUUUAUUGAUGAGGAUAGUCAGCUCCCUAGUCGAAUUUCAAAACCCAUCCUUUCAAGAGGUUACUCUUUUCAUGGCAUUGAUGAUUUUACAGCACAAACCGGAUUAUCUCUUUGUGUUCUAAGGUCGAUGGAUAAGUAUGCAAGAUUGAUGCAGAAACUUGAAAUAAUAAAUAUCGAGUUUUUUAAGGGCAUAUGCCAAUUAUUUGAGUUGUUUUUCCAUUAUAUAUUUGAAACAUUUGGUCUGCAAAACAUGAAUUCAAGUGCAAAGACUUCAACUGAUUCUCUUAAUUAUCGGUUAAAGGAGGCCUUAUCGAGAAUAACACAAGAUUGUGAAGAGUGGAUAAAAACUUCAUCAGGAUCCUUCUCAUCUACAACUGGACAUGCAGAUUUGACACCCACUGCUCCUCAAAAUACAAAUUUUGGUUCUCCGGCAAGCACCUCCGUUGGUCUAAAGGAAAGGUGUGCAGGUGCUGAUACUAUAGCCCUUGUAGCCCGGAUAUUGCAUAGAUCAAGAACUAAUCUCCAAUCAUUGCUUCUGAAGAGUAAUACAACUGUAGUUGAAGAUUUCUUUGUGCACCUGGUGGAUGCUGUGCCAGAUCUUAUAGAGCACAUACACAGGACAACCGCAAGAAUACUGCUCCACAUUAACGGGUACGUUGAUCGAAUUGCUAAUGCGAAAUGGGAAUUGAAAGAGCUUGGAAUGGAGCACAAUGGGUAUGUGGAUCUGUUGUUGGGAGAAUUUAAGCACUACAAAACAAGGCUUGCUCAUGGGGGAAUUCAGAAAGACGUUCAAGACCUCCUCUUGGACUAUGGACUUGAAAUUGUUGCGGAAACUCUUAUUGAAGGUCUAUCCCGAGUGAAGCGAUGCACCGAUGAAGGACGAGCUCUCAUGUCUUUAGACCUUCAGGUUCUAAUCAAUGGCCUACAACACUUUGUCCCCUUGAACGUGAAGCCAAAGUUACAGAUUGUCGAAACUUUCAUCAAGGCUUAUUAUCUUCCCGAAACCGAAUACGUCUGGGCACGAGCUCAUCCUGAAUACAGCAAGAGUCAGAUAGUGGGGUUGAUAAACCUUGUUGCUACAAUGAAAGGUUGGAAAAGAAAAACCAGGUUGGAAGUUCUGGAAAAGAUCGAGUGAGCUGGUAUGUAGUCGAUCAACGUAAAGUUUCACACUUGAUAAAAAAGAAAUAAGUCCUUUUCGGUUCUUUGUAACAAAAUUAUGUAUAUCCAAAUGAGUGAUUCUUGAUCCCCUUUUCAUUACAACGAGUGCGAUUAAGGUUGUAUAUCUUCGAAUGUCUUUGUUUGUAACACUUGUGUUUCUCUUAAUAUCUAAUGCAAUCUUGAAGUAACACGUGAUGUUGUGUA